AUGGCCAAAAGUGUCCGAGCUAGCGUUUCCAAGCGCAACAGAGCCAAUCUGCGCACCAAGAUCUUCGGCCCAGUGGUCGAUGCCAGAACCGAGAGACUCGCUGCCAAACUACAGGAGCUUGCAGCACAGCCGCGGCCUGAAGCCCCUAAGAAAUCAAAGAAAGAGCAAGAGAUCGAGGAUGCAGUCAAGGCCCAGACCGCCGACAGUGAAGAGAUGGAUAUCGACACACUUAAGUCCAAGAAAAAGCCGGAGCGUGUGCACAAGCGCAACCAGAAGCCCCGCAACUCGAUUGUUUUCCAAAAGCGUCUCGGUACAACCAUGAAGGGUCCCAAGAGGAAGUGA